AUGAUGACCUCGACAUAAUCAUAAUUUAAUUUCAUAAGGAAACAGAUUCCAAAAGCUCCUAAUUCUCGAUAAUUCAGUAGAGAAAAGAGUUAACCAAUGUUGAAUCCUAUUACCCCAACUGCGAAGUUUCGCAUUCAUCAUAAUAAUCAGUUUUUAAGUAGAGAGAAGAUGCAAAAGACUAGCAACAACUUUUUUAAUAACACGGCUGAAAGUACAAAAAUAACAAAAGCUUAGAAUUAAUCACUUCUUCGAAAACCAGAAGCUGAUUAUAAAUAAUUGAUAUUUGAUAAAGAGGAUUAAGAAGAAGAACAGCAAUUCUAAGUACUUUGCUAAACUUUGGAUAAAAUUUUGUGA